AUGGCGAUUUGUGCAGAUUUGCCGUGGACAGAUUUCGAGGCGCAGUCUGAUCGCCGCCCGCCACUUCAAGGUGACUCCAACGUGCCCACGUGUUCAGACACAUGCAUCGGGAGUAGCGCCCGGUCUGUUUGCCUCGGCGCCGCCCUCCGUGCUCCCGGGAGUUAUCCGUGGCUCACCAAGAUCCCGACCUCGUACCAGGAGGCGGAGAAGGAGAACUGGCAGCCUCCUUCGCAGGGCCUGGACGCGGAAGGAAAGAGCCUGUCAUCCCGAAGUUCGAGGACUGUCAUCGUCUUCGACUGGGAUGACACGCUCUUCCCGCUGACCCAUGUCUUCCGAGAUCUGCACAUGGACGUGAGCAAGCGGCUGGAGGAGCAGCCGAUACCCGAGGCCAUGAAAAGAAACGUGGCUUCCCAGCUGGCUGCCUGCUCGGAGGAGGCCAUUCGACUCCUCACGCUGGCCAACUCGCUGGGGAAGGUGAUCCUCGUCACGCUCUCCAGGGAGUCGUGGGUGGUUCGCUCCUGUCGGAAUUUCUGUCCCAAGCUACAGGACUGCAUUGACAGCCUCGGCCUCCCCAUCAUCUACGCCCAGUCACAGCGAGGAACAACCGGGUCUGAUGGCGCCAGUCUGAAGGCCCAGGUUCCCUACUGGGACAGCUGCGGCGCCUUCCGGCCUCGCUUCCUGAGCUCCGGGUGCGUGGACCUGUCGAAGCUGGAUGGGACCUGGCUGGACCUGGAUGCCACGCCCACUUGUUUCAUCCGAGCGGGCGUGAUUGUCUGGCACUGGGACGACGAUCAGACCACCGUGCUUGAGCAAGAGCACGGCGAGCUGUACAUCGUGCUGGCAGGAGAAAGAUUCUCGGCCACCAUGAAGGAGGAGCCAGUCCGGCUACACUGGAGCGAUGGGGCGAAGUGGAUACGCGACGACCUGCAAGGAGUGUGGCAUCGGCAGCUUGGGGGUGCGCGUCUGGGGCAAGUGGAGGAAGGCCGGAUGCUUUGGGACGAGGCCUUCGAGCACGAGCCCAGUCGGCUGGAACCGGCAACAGGUAUCCUCCCCCAGGGCGAAGUCCGCUUGCGCCUGCUGGACACCAUCCACACGGCCCGUUACCAGCCUGGUUCGCCGACCCAGCUCCAGUGGGCGGAUGGAGAGGUCUGGGUGCGGUCGGCCCUGGCGUGA